CUGUGAAUAGUUCAUAAAGCCCUCAAGUGGCCCAGAACUGCCCUGGUCUAUUUGAAGAAUUGUCUCUUGAAAAUAUUACUCUCCCCACCUCCAAGGGGGAAGGAGGUGGCACUGCAGCACUGCUGCUAAUCAUCUUGUUGCUAAGGACUAAUGAACAGGGAACCUUGAGGCAGGUAUUGGACACCUACCACCCCAGCCCGAGGAGGAGGAAGGACCCUUUCACGACAUCGAGCAACCUUGGAACCAGUACGGUGUUUCGAACUUUCCAAACCAACCAAUGAGAAAGGGGAGGCGGGACUUCCGGAGCUGGUUGCUAAGACAAGCACGUUUCUCUCCUUAACAACCAAGCGAAGCUGAUAUUUUGGGUUCAGAGCCGAGGAGGCGCAGCAGUGUUCUUUGGGCAGAGAACCUCCUGCUUCUGCUGAAACUGUUCUGCCUGAUUCUCAAGAGUUCCAUCCCUCUGGCCCACCUGCACUGCAGCAUCUGGCUGGUCCUAAGUAGGCACCUCUGUCCCCUUUCAAGGUCACAGUGGAAGGACCAUGGCAGACACCGGGGAGGGGAAAAAGGAGGAGGCAGAUUAUAAAAGACUUCACAGCUUCCCGCUGAUCAGGCACACAGACAUGCCAGAGGAGAUGCGAGUGGAGGCCAUGGAGCUGUGCGUCACCGCCUGUGAGAAAUACGCCACCAACAAUGAGAGUGCCGCUAAGAUGAUCAAAGAGACAAUGGACAAGAAGUUUGGCUCCUCGUGGCAUGUAGUGAUUGGUGAGGGCUUUGGCUUUGAGAUCACCCAUGAGGUGAAGAACCUGCUGUACAUGUUCUUUGGCGGCAGCCUGGCUGUUUGUGUCUGGAAGUGCUCCUGACACAUCUCCUCAUGUCCAAGGCUCACCACAUACAAGGGAUUUCUUCAUUCCUUUCACAGGUUUUUGUACAAUCUUGAGGCAGGGCUUUAUUUUUAAUAAGAAAAUGUGGGGAUUUUUUUUCAUACUUAUGUACUAGUUCCCUGGGAUACGCUGUGUGUGUGUGUGUGCGUGUGUAAAUCUGCUGAGCUAUCUAAUCCAAGUUCAAGGGGUAUCUCACUUUGAUCUUGUGUGUCUCUUUGCUUAAAUGAUAAGAUUAGGCAGGAAGGGAUCUGGUGGGUAGGUAAUCCGGUGGGAUGCUGUUUAUGAAGCCAUACAUCAGAUCUAGGAGUGUGUGUGAAAGGGAAAAGGGUGCUAAUCCAGCAUGCCAUCUUCUUCUCCUAUCUUUCCACACUAUUUUCUCUCUUCUCUGAAGUCCCUCCUACACCAUGGAAAGGUUCUGGUGACCAAUGUCUGCCCCGCCCCGACGAUCAAUGUUGACAGUAUUUCUCCCCUCUCAUUUUCUUUCUGUCCCCAUCUAGGAUGACCUUUUGGAACAGGUCAUGUGAAGGAUCCUCCCCCACUGUCCCAAACAGUGCUGGGGGCUAAGUCUGCUUUCCUGCACCUCUCUCCCAUUCUCUGGGACAAGAACAUGACAGCUGAGCUGCCUGGGUGUGAGAAGAAAGUGACAACUUAGAAAUCCAAACCCAGUGGGUGGUUGCUAUGCAAACUGACCCCUCCUUUUCACACCCACUGAGCAGUGGCAUAGCUCUAAAAUGUUUGCAGCUUCUAGCACAUGGGGGAGUGGGUGAAAACUCAAUACAGCAUUUGAAUGCAUCCUUAGGGGAGGCAAAAGCUCUCUGCACACCAUGGGUGCCAGGAUUCUGCACACUCCAUAUCUUGUUUAGAGGCUGGUAGUAAUGGGGGAGCUCCAUGUGAGCUGCCAGUUUGUCAGUCAUUGGAGAUUUAAUAUACAUUUGUUCUUUAGUCUGUUUUAUCUUUUUAAAGCUGUGGAAAGGUGUUAAGAGAGAGAAUGAACCUACUUGUAUUUUACAUAUAUGGCUUAUUUAUAUGAAUAUGGGGAUUUUUUUAUCAAUAAAAAGUUUAUU